GUGGAUUGUGUUUUCACACUUAAUUGACAAAUUGUACAACAUGUGUCUUAGUUAUCUGUAGAUCACUGUUUUGAGACAGACAGAAAUAACAAAUGUCGAGCUUAUGUUACGUUAGAUUUAUGUCAAAGGAUACACCUUAAGAGAGCAACGAUGCCCCGACUUUUCUAUAAAAUGAGAGGGUUUGGCUACUCCCUCUUCCUCCAAAGCUCUUCCCUUCCCUCCUCACUUGUAGUCACCAGGACAUGCUGCCUCCACAAAAGGGUCUUCACUGGUUCCCAAAACUGCUACCAGAGCACUCCCCUGGGUCAGAGCCAACAGCACAGGAGGGGUAUGAGCACGGCCCCGAGACAGCACAUACAGGACCUGAGUGGACCUGAGCAGAGACGGUUGAAUAAACUUUAUGAAGGGCUGAUUGGAGGACAGCGGGCGUCUCUGGCUGAGUCCAUCACUUUGGUGGAGACCAAGCACCCAAGGAAAAAAGAGCUGGCUCAGGUGCUGCUGCAGAGGGUGCUGGCCUACAGGAGGGAACAGGAGGGCCGUAAUGGAGGGAAGCCGGUGGCCUUCAGAGUAGGACUGUCUGGUCCUCCAGGAGCAGGGAAGUCCUCCUUCAUCGAGGUGGUGGGGAAGAUGUUGACAGAGCGAGGACACAAAGUUUCAGUGCUUGCUGUCGACCCGUCAUCCUGCACUACAGGAGGGUCUCUGAUGGGUGAUAAAACGCGUAUGACUGAACUCUCCAGGGACAUGAAUGCUUUUAUCAGACCAUCUCCAACCUCGGGAACACUCGGCGGAGUCACCAGGACAACUAAUGAGGCCGUUGUUCUCUGUGAGGGUGCGGGAUAUGACAUUGUCCUUGUAGAAACUGUGGGUGUGGGCCAGUCAGAGUUUGCAGUGGCUGACAUGGUAGACAUGUUUGUGCUGCUGAUUCCACCAGCAGGGGGCGAUGAACUUCAGGGUAUCAAGAGAGGCAUCAUCGAGAGGGCCGACUUGGUGGUGGUGACGAAGUCGGAUGGGGACCUGUUGGUGCCGGCAAGGCGGAUCCAGGCAGAGUACACCAGCGCACUCAAGCUGCUCAGGAGACAGUCCAAGUCCUGGAACCCUAAGGUGGUGCGUGCCUCCUCACACACCUUUGAGGGCAUCCCAGAGGUCUGGGAUAAGUUGGAGUCGUAUCGAGAUGCUAUGUUGGCCAGCGGGGAACUGCAGGGCCGGCGGAGAGCCCAGCAGAAAGUUUGGAUGUGGAGUUUGAUCCAGGAGAGCGUCCUCCAACAUUUCCAGAAUCACCCCAGUGUCAGAGAUGCUCUACCCCACCUAGAGGAGCGGGUCACCAAAGGAGCCAUCUCCCCAGGCCUGGCUGCUGACCUGCUUCUCAAGGCCUUCUCAUCUUCUUCAUCAUCAUAGUAAUAAGUUGGACUUAACUUUUGGAGAAGUUGAAUAUGUCAUGUCUAAUCGGGGCCCCACAGGAGGGCCAGGACAGUCAACUGCUGAGGUGUGAACUUGGCUCUCACGUCUUCAGUCUUGCUUUCUUUUUGAAAUUCCACCGAAAAUAUAAUAGACUCAAGAUACAAGUAACCGCUUCACAGAAACUUCAGUUUCUGCGUAAAAUCCAAAUCAGAAGAGAUAUGAGAGUGCUGAGAGCCGAUACUCUUUUGCCUACAGCUUUAAGACACAUACACAUUUAGACUGUGGGCCGCAAAAUCAAAGAUUUUGUUUUGAAGUGCUGUGAGAUAUGAAAUGAGAUUUUAAAUCUUACACUGCCAAUGCCCUGAUCUUCCUCAGAGGCUUGUCUAUGACACAAACCCUACAGACUAUCAUGAACAUUAUUAAUAAGGUUAUUUAAAAAAAACCAGAGGACUGUAAUGGUCUUGUCAUAUUAACACACUCACUAUCUGACUUGUAUAAAUGCCACAAGUGUUGACAUGGCAUUAUUGCAGUGGAGGUGUGAUCAGUAAAAGGCUAUUUGUACUGUAAUUUUUGUUCACCAUUGUGGACUGUGAUCAAUAUUUCACACUGUUUGCAUCUUAGAAAUGUGCUAAUGAAAGAUGACACUGAGAAAUGGAAUUUCUUAAAGUUCACUUGUUUCUGUCAUUGAGCUGAAUCAGUCUUCCUCAUAACAAACAGAUUUUCCUGAGAAAGAAACUGGACUUUUAAAAUGUGUUUGAAUCACUAUUUUUGUUCCUGAUUGAGAUAUUGUAUUAAAAGACUGAUGUGA